AUGCCGGAGAUUAGACGGCAGCACCAACAACAACAAAAUGACGUCGAAUUUAAUUAUGAUAAAAAUAUUCCUUCGACAUUAUCAAAAUUAAAACAUCUUGUAUUCUCCGCUGUUUUUAGUGCUAAUUAUGAUUAUUUAGAAUUGCUAUUAUCUCAUUGUUGCUCUAAUCUAGAACGCUUAUCAUUGAAUUUUUGUGGUCUUGAAUUUAUUGAUGAUGAACGUUUAGAAAAAAAGUUAUUAUUAAAACUAACAAAAUUGAAAGUAUUUCAUUUUUGUUUUCGUAUUUCAGUUCUUCAUAACACAUUGAACAUAGACAAUUAUAUCCAGACAUACAAAUCGUCUUAUUGGAUUAAUAAUCAUCAUUCGAUUUUAUGA